CUUGGAAAAAGCUUUUAAUUACGUCCAGCAGGCUCUCUUAUUUGUCCUGAUUGCACGAAUGGUCUCAGGUAUUUUUACUGACACCAACUGGUGAAGAUUCGAGGCUGCCACUUCAAAGAGAAGGAACUUAUUAAGGAAGUGAAUGAAAAAGACCAACUCUAGAUCAAAGCUCAGUGGACAGCUUGGCUACAAGUGAGGAUUUCAAAUGGAGUCAGCAGUUUCACAGAUUCUUCACACUGCAGCCCCACUAACCAGCUCCACCACUGCCCUGGAUGACAUCACAGAAACAAACACCACUGCAGAAACUAAUGCUUCCUGUGGAUUUUCAAAGAUCCCCUCUCACCCUGCUUUCAUAUUUGCAUACUCACUAGUGUUUCUUGUCAGUCUGGUACUUAAUUGCAUCACAAUGCGGGUUUACUUCUGUUCCAGUCAGCGUGUUCAGUCCAGUGUCACGGUUUACAUGAAGAACCUGGCGGCAGCCGACUUCUUCCUUUGCCUUUGUUUACCUUUGCGCAUUGCUAACUAUGCCGACAGUUCAGAUUUAAUGCGCAAUAUUUACUGCAGCUUUGGAGCAUCAGCAUUCUAUCUAAACAUGUACGCAAGCAUUCUCUUUAUGGACUUUAUUGCUGCAAACAGGUACCUGAAGAUUGUCCGGCCAUUGGAGACACAUGCUCUGCAGACGGUUCGUACCGCUCGGCAUAUUUCCAUUGGAACGUGGCUCUCCCUGUUAGCCAUGUCGUCUGUCUACUUGAUCCUCUUCCUCCUGACCUCUUGGGGUCACGUUCACAAGCCUGAGAAGAGUGGCUGCGAGGCCUUACACAGUCCCCAGCUCAGUCUGGUCUACAAAAUCACUCACAGUGUGUCAAUGGUGCUCUUCACGUUUGUGCUGGUGUCUCUGAUUGCUUUGUACUGGGGCACUUUGCAAAAGAUCAAACAUGCUCAGUUGUCCACACAGAACGCAUCCAGAAGCCAGAAAUUCAGGAAAUCGAAGCGUAACAUGUUGGUGCUCGUGAUGGUCUUUUGUGUAUGCUUUGUGCCCUACCAUUUGGUUAGACUGCCUUAUGCAUUCAUCAAACCUCAGACGAAACUCUGCACGGCACAGGCGUUCUACGUACUGAAGGAGCUGACCGUCCUGCUAUCAGUGCUCAAUGCUUGUCUGGAUCCUCUUAUAUACUUUAUCUUCUGCAAGGCCUUCAGAGCCCAGCUGGGCCUCAGGAGGAUGUCAGAUUCAAUGAGAGACAGCGACGAUAAAAGCCAACAAAGACGAAUGAGCAACAUGUUGAGCUACAUUGAAACCAAGAUUUCCACAUUACGACGUGAAAGUGUCAUUUAACACAAGGAUGACACUGUCCUACAGAAAAAGC